CGCCCCAUCACAACGCAGAAGCUCUCCCCCGAGGAGGGCCAGCAGGUCCUCGCCAGCCAGCGCCUCAACCGCCCCGUCUCCCCCCAUCUCGGCAUCUACAAGAUGGAGCAGACCUGGUUCGGCGCCUCGGCCUGGACCCGCAUCACCGGCUGCACCCUCUCCGGCGCCGCCUACGUCUACUUCACCGCCUACCUCGUCUCGCCCCUGCUGGGCUUCCACGUCGAGAGCGCCGCGCUGGCCUCGGGCUUCGCCGCCCUGCCCUUUGUCCUCCAGGGCGCCGUCAAGUUUGCCCUGGCCUUCCCUUUUACUUUCCACUUCAUCAACGGCAUCAAGCAUCUGGUCUACGACCUGGGCGUUGGCUUCGCCAAGAAGGACAUCAUUCUGGGAGAGAAGCUGCUGUGGAUCUCGAGCCUCAUCGGCGGUGGCUACCUGGCUUUUGGCUUGUAA